AAUAUACUUUCCUUGGACUGCACUGUGUUAGUGUGUGAGCAAAGUGAUUGAAUCUUGACAAACACCGGAAUAGGUACGGUAGCCAGUGCAUAACCAGUACGUGCCAGCAGUUGUUAACAGACGUGACCGACUGCCCAAGCGGCUAACGAGCCGAUCAGUGGCGGAAAGGAUAAAAAUAAAAAAAAGCUAGAAGUAAGGAAAGCUGAUGAAGAGGUGGCAAUAGAGAGCGGAACUACUGAAGGAUACAUCAUCGUAGGAGAACAACAGUGAUGCAGCAUAGUGUAGUGGCUCUGGUGUGUCCUGCCCUGUAUGCAUCAGCCCGCCAUCUGACUCUCCUGGGACGAAGACCCAUAUCCAGGCAGUUCUUUCUUCUCAGAGCCCCUUCGGUGUGUGCAAAAGUGUCUUGGCAUGGUGCACCAAGUUGCCAGCAUCUACAGUGGGCUGGUGAGACGGUGAAGGGUGAGCCACAACUUGGGGAGGUUAAAUGGUACUGCACUUCAACAAAGCCAUACACACACAGUGAAAUAGGUGGUAGUGCUGUGAACAGUGCCAGAGCUGGUGAAAAGUUACUAACUAAUACAAAAGAAUUUGAAAGCAGUUAUAACAAACCUGGGAGUAGAAGAACAAAAGACAAAGGUGUUUUAUCAAAUGCCAUGCAUAAAAUAGAUGAGGGCAUUGUAGUAGAAGAAACUAAGGCUACAGCUGUUGUAGAAGUGAGUGAGGGAAGUAUUGAUUCAUUUUAUGGAUCAGAGGAAGAAGUGGACUUAGAGGAGUUGAUUAAAUUAGAGAUUGAGCUGCACCGCCAGGAAGGUGUCCCAGUACCUUCUGAAAUCACCCCAACCCAGUGGGAAGAAUUACUCGCCAAAUCUUCUAUGCAGGGACGUAAGAAAUAUCUUAAAUUUCUCUUUAAAAAUGAAAUGAAGAGGGAAAAUACCAAAAAGAAAAAGGAGUUGAAGAGGAAAAUUAGAGAAGAAAAAGAAAAAGAGAUGGAAGAGAAUCCAAAAGUUGGGGAAGACCAAGAUGUACACAUUCAAUAUGGUCUCUGGAGAAAUAGCAUAUUUCUCAAGAUUCUUGACACCACAAUGAAUCAUUUCUAUAACUCGCGGGUCAUCUCUGCCAUGAUGCAUGGCCAACCCUUGGUGAUAGAUAUGGGCUUCGAUGAUCACAUGGUGUCAAGGGAACGGCAAAACUGUGCCUACCAGAUCCAGAUGAUGUUAAGUGCCAACAGAACCCAUGCUGAUCCUUAUGCCUUACAUCUGUGUAAUGCACGCAGGUCUGCCGACACCAUACAGAGGCUAGAACGAUAUAUCCCUCCAUUGUUUGAGCCAGACUUCCCGCUGAUAGUGUCCCCAGAGAGCUAUGUGGACAGGUACUCCCGGGACCAGCUUGUGUAUCUCACCCCUCACUGUCAAGAAGAAAUGAUUCAUUAUGAUCAUAAUGCUGUCUAUAUCAUUGGGGGAAUAGUGGACAAAUCUUGUGGUGAACCUCUGACUCUUGCCAAAGCAAAGAAGGAAGGUAUAAAGAUGCAGAAGUUACCCCUUGACAGAUACUUAACAUGGGGAAUGGGUGGAAAGUCCCUCGCAUUGAACCACAUAGUCAAGAUUAUGUUGGAUAUGAAGCUAACAGGUGAUUGGCGAUAUGCUCUACGUCAUGUCCCAAACAGAAAACUGCGACCCCAGCCAACUGGAGAAGAAGUUGAGGACUUAAUCCGCAGGAGACUCGAGAAACAAAGAAAACACAGAUCAUACUCUUCCAAUUAUAAACCCAGGGAGUAUAAGAGGUAUUGAAUCUGUUCAAGAAAAACUUGAUUCCAGGACCAGGUCACAAUUCCAAGUGAGGUGGACGACGAGGCUGUGUGAGUUUAUUUAAGGUGACAGACAUCUCUGACCUGUGAACAUGCUGAUGUCUUCUCCUGUGAUAAUUGAAGGCACUUUGCUACUUUUAGUUCCAUAUACAAAGUUACUUUACAUAUUGUUGCUCACUUCAUUAAAUUAUAUCAAAUAUGAAUUUUGAAAUAGAAUGUAUAAAAAGAAAUUGUUUAAAUUAUUUUGAGUUUUGUUUAAAGUAGUGGAGGACCUUUGCGUAGAAAGGGGGAGUACAGUACAGUGGAAUCGAGAUAAUUCAUGAAAUACAAAUUCGCCGGUACCUCUUUACUGCUAUUUUUUUGUAUUUUGUGGUCAAAUAUUCAUAAUUUGUGACCAAGCAAUGGCUGCUGCAGCAUUUAUUUACAUAGGAAACCAUAAAAGUGUUAGAAAGAUCAUUUCAAUGUUCUGCUAUGGGAAGUAGUGCAGCUGGACUGAGAGGAACAAUUCCCUCCACACCAUCACCCUGUGUCUCCUCUAGCAUGUCAAUAUGCAAUUUCACCAUAAAUCCUAUACUAUUUAGGUUCAUUUAAUGGUAGGUUAAUAAAAUAUUAUCAUAAUAUAAUAAAUUUUUGUGAAAAAAUUACUUUCAACCCCAGAUGAGUUAAUGUGCCAUAUUAAAUUCCCAGUGCUUUGUUUGUGUUGUGUGAACAGCUGAUCAGCCCCACCCCCACCACCACUCCACUCCCUUCCAGUGUCGUGCUGCCUGUCUCAAUUUUUGACCUAUUGGUGUCUGUCACCCAGAGGAUGAUUAUGAGUAGGGAAGAAGCUGUUUAUUUAAUGUAGAGCUACUUUUUGUACAUCUGUGUUUUACUGUAUUUCUUUAUAUAUUAUUUACAAUGUUAAGUGUUUUUUAAACCAGGUUUGAAACAGUUUCUGCAUUUUUUUUUGCCCCUGGAACCUAAUUAUUUCAAUUUAACUAAUUUAAACUACAAUUCGUGGUGUCGUUUGACACCUUAUCUGUGAAUUAUCGAGACUCCACUGUACUGCCCUUUGAUAAAAAUCUGCUCUCACCUUUUUUCCAACAGUGGUUUAAGUGAUUAUCAUAUUUGUUUAGUGGAACAGAGGCUAGAUACUGCUUAUAAAUCCCCACUUUAGAGAGUCCGUAGUCUCUCAUAGGUACUGAAAGCUUGCUACCCCCUGAUCCUUAAAUAUCAUGGAUUUGGUAUUUGUUAUGACCAGUAGUGAGGUUUGAUUCAUGUGUUAUAAGAAACAAAUUACUGUAUAAACCAAUAAACAUAUUGUAAAUAUAA